GAGUGCUCUGUGACAUCAGCCUCAUUGCACAGCCCGGGGGGGGAGAGGAACACUAAUCGCUGGGGCAAUCUGAGGUAUCGCUAGGGGAGGCUAAUGGUGCUCACGGGAAGACACAGGAACACUGCAUUUCUGGCAGGAUCAACAGCUGCUUUCUGUAUUUACAGCCACCACAUCAAAGGACUGGUUGGGACCAGCUACUCUGCAGUGAAAUGGAAGUAAGAAAAUUAAUAGGCAAAUCUCUUCAGCCAGCAAGACCCAUUCGCCGUGUUGUAUCUCACAAAGAAAAUUUUCAGGCUGAAAUUAUGGAUUGCUGUAAAGAGAUAAACAACAACCACAGUUUGUGGUACUCUAUUGGCCAGCUGAAUAGUAAAUUGAAGGAUCCUGUGAUUCCCAAAUCGCCUAUAACUCCACAAAAGCCUCCAGCAAGCAUCAUACAAGCUCCUCGUAUUGAUCACUCGUGCCAUACCACUUGCCCAGCAAAACAAUGUGACAUACCGCAUAAUUCUGGGUAUGAGAGCGCAUGUGACGAACAUCCCUCUCUCCUAUAUGACAGGGGACUCCAUUCACUAAAAGACAGGAUUACCUACAGCAGAGAUUUCCUCCUUCAGCUCUCAAGCAUGCCUUUUUCCCUACGGAAACCAAAAUAUUUGCCGGACCUCCCAGUUAUCCUUGAACAUCCAAGCUUGCCAACCAUGGAACCAGAUGGAGUCGGUGAGAAUGAUGAACACACCCCCAGGAGUUAUGUUUAUCCGUGGCCACCAAAUCAAUUAGGAAUGACGCAGGAAUCAGAAGAAAAAGCCGGGCAUGGCGCAGCAGCUGAAACCCAGACCUUGCACUACUGACUGAACGUAAAUGUCACUAUAUUUAUUUGUUUCACAUUCUGCUAAAUAUUUUGUGUGAUAGAGAUAGGGCAGCCGGGUGUUUAUUGUCUACACAAUUAUUUGGGAUCUAUUGAUAUUGUUUUUAUAUCUGUUUAUCACCUACAUCACUGCCCACAGAUUAGAAGGGCUAGCAUGUGUUUAUGUAUAUCCCUUAUUUAAUUUAUUUACUUAAUCACGUGAGGAUUUUAUUUUAUUGUCAUUUUACCCUUAUUGGGGUUUAUUUGUUAUCCAGUUUGUAUUCAGGCACUUAUUGGGGUGUUGUAUGGGCCUAGAAGAGUUUGUUGGUUUUGCUUGUAUAUCCCUCGUUAUUUAGCAGUGCAGCACUUUUUUUUUUUCUGAAACCUAGACCUGUCCGCCCAGAAACAUGGCGCUCUGGCGGGUAAGUAUGCAUUGAUGUGCAAGUAUGCUGUGCAUAAUUCUAUAUUAUGGGAAGAGCCCAUUCUCCCUCAGAGGUAAAUUGCACUUUAAAUCUAUUCUGUAGAAAUUCAUGUUUCUUUUCAUAUCUUUUCUCCCACUGAUUAUUAAGUGGGAGCAUCUACUUUUAUUAUAACCACCUUGGUCGUCUAUUAUACAAGAGAGAAAAGCUGCACUGUCUUCAUCACUUUAACGACAAGUUCAAUUGAAAAUAAUUGCGUUUAGCAAUACGAGCAUUGUAUUUUGAAAAAUCUUGACUUAGUUUGCGAGUGUUGUCUCGCAAUACAAGCAGGGUUCAGGCCAAAGUGGUGUGCAGUAUUGCGUUUGGCCUGAGUUGGGGGGCGAGCUGGAGCCAAAGCCGAAUGGCUACGCUCGGAAAGACCCGGAAAUACUCAGUUCCCAAGCCUUUCUGAGGUUUGCCGA